AUGCCUGUAGAGAAGACAAACUCCGAUCUCCUGAAAUACAUUCGAGAAAGUCUUGAUUCAAAUACAUUUUGUGGACCGUACGGGUUAAGAAAAGUGCUUUACUUGGAUUAUGUUGCAUCUGGAAGGGACAUCAUUCGCAAUGCCACCAAUGCUAGUGAACAUGAUGCAGUCAUCUUUGCUGGAAGUGGGACUACAGCAGCCAUUCACAAACUUAUUUUUAGUCUUCAUCUUAAAGAACCCCCUAUUAUUUUUGCUGGUCCAUUUGAACACCAUUCAAAUCUAUUACCAUGGAGAGAAAUUGGUGCUGAGAUUAUUUCAAUCAGAGAAACUUCAAAUGGUUUGGUUGACAUUUCCCACUUAGAAAGUCAACUUCAGUUGUGGGCAGGUAAAUGUAAACAGAUGAUUGGUUGCUUCACCGCAGCCUCAAACAUAACAGGAAUCCUUACAGAUGUUAAUGCAGUUACAAUUUGCCUGCAUAAAUAUGGUGCAUUGGCAUUUUGGGAUUAUGCCACAGCUGCACCUUAUGUUAACAUUGACAUGAAUCCUAUUAUUGACAGUCAUGAUCAAUGUUAUGUUUACAAAGAUGCUGUGUAUUUCUCUCCUCACAAGUUCAUUGGAGGCAUUUCCACACCAGGUGUAUUAAUUGCUAAGAAAUCUUUGUUUAGAAACCCAACACCAGAAGGUUGUGGUGGAGGAACAAUUUUCUUUGUCCGUCGAGAAGGACAUCGUUACCUGCAAGAACCUGAAAUGAGAGAAGAGGGUGGCACCCCAGAUAUCAUUGGCUCCAUUCGUGCUGGACUUGUGAUACAGCUGAAACAGGCAAUUGGCACUGAUCUAAUUUCGGAGAAAGAUACAGAAAUGUGCAGAAUAGCAUAUGACUGUUGGAAGAAAUGCAAAAAUUUAGUGCUUCUUGGCCAUCAAACUCCUCCAUCUUUACCAAUAUUUUCCUUUCUCAUCUACCAUCCCAUUACCGGACGUUUCCUUCAUCACAAUUUUGUUACUGCCAUUUUGAAUGAUGUCUUUGGAAUACAGUCAAGAGGUGGAUGUGCCUGUGCAGGUCCAUAUGCUGAAGAACUUUUAGGAAUAUCAGAAGCAGUGGCUGAGGAAUAUGAGAAAGUCCUCAUAGAAGACAGUCGACUUGACAGAGUUCACUUAAGACGUUACAGAGAAUAUUCAGAAAGGGAAAUUUUAAGACCUGGCUUCACUAGGUUUAAUCUACCAUUUUUUAUAAAUGAAGAAUGUUUGAACUUUAUUCUUGAAGCACUACAACUUGUUGCUGAAUAUGGAUGGCUACUGCUACCACAGUAUAUGUUUAAUAAAGAAACAGGAGAAUGGAGACACAGAGACCUUCAGGUUUAUAAAGAUAGAAAGUGGCUUGGUAACAUAUCUUACUCUUCAGGAUGUAUGCAAUAUAAGACAAAUGUUAAUACAUGUUCAAAAGAAACAUUACCCCAAGAUUAUCAGAGUUGUCUUGACAAAGCCAAGAAAUUAUUUAAAAAAGCUGAAAAGAUGAAAUACCCUCUUCCUGAUCAGGAAUUGUUAUUUUCAGAUGGCACACAACAUCUAAGAUGUCUGGAUAGUCACCCACAACAGGAUACAACAAAUGAUACUCUCACAGCAUCUCAGCCAACAAUAAAUGAUACUUCACACCCUAAAAGCAACCCAUUAGAAGACAUCAGUUGUUCUAAAUCACAAAGUAAUAUCUUGGUACAAAUUACAAAACUUUCAACAAAUGAUGAUAAGUCUGAUGGUAAAGAAGUCAGUAUAGUAUCAUCAAAUUUGGUGCCUGCUGUGUGUCCUUUUAAACCUAAACCCAAGAAAUCUGAAUUAAAAAAGACAAAAAAUGGUAGCUUUUGGUUUUCACCUCCAAAAGAAAUAUUCACACCUGCAGUAAAGGCAAUUACCAACUAUAAAAUGAUCAAAGAUGGUGACCAUGUGCUUCUCUGUUUGUCUGGAGGGAAGGAUUCUCUCUCAAUGCUUCACAUCAUUCAUCAAUAUAAGUUUUAUGCUCAAAGUAAGGGCAUUCAUUUUGAAAUUGGUGCAGUCACAGUGGAUCCCCAAACUCCAGCUUAUGAUCCCAGUCCUUUAAAGAAAUAUUUAGCUACUUUGAAUAUACCAUACUUCUUUGAAUCACAAGGUAUUUUAGAAACUGCUGCCAACCUUCCCUAUAAAUGUGAAUCUAUCUGCAGCUUCUGUAGUCGUAUGAAACGAGGCCGCAUCUAUGCUUGUGCUCGUCGGGAAAAGUACAAUGUCAUUGCACUUGGACAGCAUUUAGAUGACUUGGCUGAAAGUUUUUUGAUGUCAUUUUUCCAUAAUGGAAUUUUACGGACAAUGAAAGCUCACUAUACAGUAAAAGAGGGUGAUUUACAUGUCAUUCGGCCUUUGGUUCAUGUCAGAGAAAAAGAUUUGCGAAUGUUUGCAAGCAAGUGUCAACUUCCUGUGAUCAAUGAAAACUGUCCUGCCUGUUUUGAAGCGCCCAAGGAACGUCAUCGAAUGAAGCAAUUGUUGGCUACACAGGAACUUCUUUUCCCCAAAAUCUACAACAGUAUGUCAUCAGCCAUGGCCCCCAUUAUGGGUAUCAACAAAGCAGAAGUCAGUGUCCAUGAAUUAUUGGCUAACAUAGGAAUUCAUCAUGAGGAUGAAUAA